GUGCCAUGGCCGAAACAAGCGGCAUUUACGCCGAGGAUAUUGUGAAGAAUUCUCAAGGAGUUGUUGGGCUUGUUUUGGAAGAUGCAGAGGAAACAUCUGAUGAAUCGGACAGCGAAGGAGAAGUGCUCAAGAAGGGUCACAUCGUGGUGUGUUGGUACCCUUCAGGAAACGAAGAAACCUUGUCGCUUACCAAGGUCAAACUAGCAGACAGGUCUCUCCUUCCGGGUGAUGUUGUUAAGUAUUCCGAUGCCCACAAAGGAACCCAGAAAGGAUUUGUGAGCAAUGUGGAAGUUAUUGCUAGUGUCAAAGUUCUUGUGGCUAACCAGAAUUUUCAUAAUGUGGACUGUAAAGAACUUUCUCCUCUACAGGAGUUCGUUCCCGGAGUUCCUGUCAGCUUGGGCCCUUGGCUUGGAAUUGUCACUGAGGUUCAUCGCAAAGUUGUACUAAGAAUCAAGAAUGGCUCCAGGUGCAGUUUGGAAGGAGAGCAGGCUUCCUUGAUUUAUGACACAAGCGAUCAACGUGAUGAGGAGUCGCCUUUCUAUUCUGCAUCAUUUUAUCCAGGCCAGAAGGUGGCUGGUCCUUCACGGGCUUUCAAAGAAGCUAAAUGGUUAUCAGGAAUGAAGCCAGUCAUUCACAAUCAAGCACAGAUUAAAGGAACAGUGGAGGAGGCAAGUAUUAUUGCAUGUGAUGUAGACUGGCAGGUCUGUGGUGCAUGCCAAAAUAAUUGCCAAGGCGAUGAUUGUCUUAAGCCGCCUGAUCCCACAGUGACACAGGAACAACUUCACAGACUGUUGGUUGUAAACCAUUUUCGACAUGCCAGUCUUCAGAUUGGAGACAAAGCAUUCUAUACCUUGAAAGCCCGCGAUCUGAGACUUGCCACGAGUGGUGGGAACUUUUUAUCUAAACAACAAACCAGUGACAAUGACAAUACAGAGGCACUUGACGAGCUUAACGAGGAUGCGCGUACCAUUUCAGCAUCCGAUAGUCAAAUAGAAGGGUGUAGUGUACAUGACCAGGAGACCUCAAAAAGAGGAAACGCAGAAUUGGGAAGUGAUGCUAAAGAUGCUGUUAGUGAUUCUCAAGAUAAAACAUCAACAGGUGCCAGUGCGAAUUUAAGCUCUGGGGGGAGUUCAGGGAGUUUUUAUUCAGCUGAAAGUGAAUCAAAGAACUCUAGUUCAUCAACUUCGACAACUUCCUUAUGCGAUACAAAUCUUCCUGCGCCCACAGAAACAUCCUCAAUAAAGAAAGACCCUUGUGCUUGUCAGGCUGGUGAAACUGGACCAGCUCAGAGUGAGACUAAUCAGGUGGACACACACGAGGAUCAGCCUCAUACCGCUGGCUCAGAUUCCGCAGAAGCAGAUGCAGAUGCAGAUGAAGAUUCGGACGGUCUUGAGGUUGUUAUACCAAAAGUAAAAGGUGCAAAUCUUAUGGGUGCUCUUAAACAUGAUUCUGGUCUGUUUCAUGGGGCACGCUAUCCGACCAAGCGAAGGAAGAAGCGUCUAAGAAGGAAGCGAAAGGCAGCUCCACCCUUGCAAGUUAAGGUCGGUGACAAGGUGUGUGUGGAAGUGUCAAAUACUUGUACCACAGUGGAUGUUGUCUGGCAAGAUGGCUCCAAAGAGGACAAGGUGUUAUCCACGGAUUUAAUACCAGUGUUUCACCUAGACGAGUUGGAAUUCUUUCCAGGAGAUUAUGUGUCUAAUAAAAGGGAGAGUGAAGAUUCGUCAAAGUAUGGCGUGGUACUCACCGCCGACCAUCAGUCACGCUUGUGUUUCAUCAAGUGGUUCUCACGAGAUGGUGAACAACUGAGUGUGGAACGUGACGUGAGCGUGUACGACAUCACGGAGCAUGCGGAUUUCGUGUUCAGCGCGGGAGAUGUUGUGGUGCGCAUGGCCAGGGAUGACUUUGAAAACGAGGCUGGCGAUCAGAAUUCUGACACGCCGAUUUCUUGCAUAGGUCAGGUCACACGUGUGGACGAAGAAGGCAAUGUGUCCAUCAGAUGGGUGGACAGUACGGUUUCCAAAGUUAAACCUCAGGAGCUGUACAAAGUUGAUACCGAGGAUGAUGGACAGCUGUCAUCAGAUGGUUCUACAGUGGCAUCAGAUGAUGGAUGGGAGACCACGAGUGGGGAGAGUACAGAAGAUGAAGGGCCUAUUGACAUCAUGGAUCACGUACCCAGGCAUGGCUCCUCAGCUGGCGAGGAGGAGAAUGUCGAUAGAGAGGUCCUACAGGAGGCGAACAACAGAAUCAACGAAAUCAUGUCAAGUACAAAUCCUGCUUUCAUGACGUUUGACAAUGUUCCUGAAGAGCACAUCCACUUUCAUACCACAUUCCAAGCACAAAAUCCUGGUCGCUUCUUGUCGUGUCUGCGAAAAGAGAUGGCGUUACUGAUGUUUUCACUCCCAGCCGGAAUCAUAGUGAGAGGAUACGAGAAUCGUGUGGACAUUCUGAGGGUCAUGAUCACAGGGCCUGUGGAAACCCCAUACGAACAUGGACUGUUUGUCUUUGAUGUUCGACUGCCGCCAGAUUACCCUGCCUCUCCCCCUGUGUUCCACUACCUAUCCCAGUGCUCUGGUCGCUUGAACCCUAACCUUUAUGAGGACGGUAAGGUUUGUGUCAGUCUGCUGGGAACCUGGGCUGGGCGUGGAAGCGAGGUUUGGACGUCAAAGUCGAACGUACUUCAAGUUUUAGUAUCAAUACAAGGACUUAUUUUGUGCAGUGAACCAUAUUACAAUGAAGCCGGGUAUGAAAAACAGAGAGGAACUGGCCAGGGACUGGAGAACAGUCGCCUUUACAAUGAAAUGGUUUUAUUGAAACUGGUCCAGUCGAUGGAGAAACUCAUUACAAAACCUCCAAGUGGCCUGGAAAAAGAAAUAUUACAGCAUUUUGCGCAUCACGGAACAAGAAUGGUACGGAAAUUCAAGCGUUGGAUUGAUUUGUUCCACGGGGAGUCAACGACACUCUCCGAAUGUGAAAAUGGCGACACUAAGGAUGGUAAACCGGAACACGUAGAAGAAACCGUUCGUGACGUUAUUCUCGCAGAAGCAACGCGAGCUAAGUCUGUACCAGGAUGCGAUAGUGAACAGAGCUUUAACGGCCAUUCUCCAGAGGGAGUACUGGAACCAAACGAGGAGAAUGAACUUGUUGUAAAGGACUGCGUGGCUGAAAAUGGCGUCUGCGUGGCCGAAAGUGGCGUCGUGAACGAAGCCAACGACCUCGAGGAUAAAGGGGCGAGUUGUCCUGAUCCAUCAUCCCUAGAAGGCGAAGCUUUGAAAACCGAGCACGAUGACACAUGUCAAGGUGCAGCCUCUUGGGAAAAGAUCGGCCCCGAUUAUCCUUUGUUCCCACUCUCUCGCGGAUUUUGCUUGAGUCUCCAGAGGGCGUUGGAAAGUUUCCAGAACGCUUUGGACAAGGCGGGACUCAAGCCAUGAUACCAAGAACAAAUCUGUGACUCUGUAAAUUAUGAAGAAAAAGAGAUGAAUUAUGACAGAAAUAGGGUUUUAAAAGUUAUUUAUAUCUUUGAAUGAGUAAUUCAAAUGUUUUGAACUCUGAAAAGCUGCUAUGCGGUUGUAUUUUCGUUAUUUUGACUCCUUGAGAACCUGAAGAAGGUAAACUGAAUAAAUAGAUUGAGAGAUGUCAUAUUUUCCUCAAA